CGAUUUGCAGGUGAAGGAGACAGUCCCCAGUCCACAUCACCACCUUGCGAUAGCUACCCAAUCCACCCACUACCGUUAUCGCAUAACCAGACCGCCAAAAUGCUCCGCCAAGUCAAGCCGCGGACAGCCCGUUCCAAGAGGGCGCUCGAGAAGCGUGCCCCCAAGCUCAACGAGAAUCCCAAGACCGCCCUCUUCCUUCGCGGCACGACCUGCAGCCAAGUCACCCAAGAUGCCAUGCAAGAUCUCUACUCGCUGCGCCAAACCCACGCCAAGCGCUUCCACAAGAAGAACCCCGUCCACCCCUUCGAGGAUGCCAGCUCCUUGACCUUCUUCUCCGAGAAGAACGACACCUCGCUCAUCCUCUUCGGCUCCAGCAGCAAGAAGAGACCCCACACCAUCACCUUCUGCCGUACCUUCGACUACAAGAUGCUCGACAUGCUCGAGUUCUACCUCGACCCCGAGACCUUCCGCAGCAUCGCCCAGUUCAAGACCAAGAAGGUGCCGGUUGGCACCAAGCCUUUGAUGGUGUUCGCCGGUACUGCUUUCGAAUCCCCCGUCCCCAACGCCUUCACCACCGCCAAAUCCAUGCUCAUCGACUUCUUCCGCGGCGAGCCCUCAGACAAGAUCGACGUCGAGGGUCUGCAGUACUGCGUUGUCGUUUCCGCCGACGAGCCCACUUCCUCCUCCACCGACCCCUCGGACCCCUCGACAAAACCCACCCUCCACCUGCGCGCCUACCUGAUCCGCACCAAGCGUUCCGGCCAGAAGCUCCCCCGAGUCGAAGUCGAAGAGCACGGUCCCCGCAUGGACUUCCGCCUCGGCCGUCUCCAGCAGCCCGACGCGGACAUGCUCAAGGAGGCGAUGCGCAAGCCCAAGACCAACGAGGAGCGCACCAAGAAGAACAUCAGCAUGGAUAGCAUCGGUGACAAGAUUGGUAGGAUCCAUAUGGGCAAGCUGGAUCUUAGCGAGUUGCAGACGAGAAAGAUGAAGGGUCUCAAGAGGAGCAGGGAUGUGGUGGAUGAGGACUUUGAUGAUGCGGACAUGCCGAUGGAGGGCGUCAAGGAGGUCAGUGACAGGAUCGUGGGGCCGAGGAAGAAGAAGGCGAGGGAUGUUGUUGAAUUUUGAGUUGAGCAAGAAUAGGGAGUGGGGAGAAUAAGGCGAAGAAAGGAGGAGGUGUAAUCGUUUUUUUUGUUUCUCACAACUGUUGCGAUCAUCCACCAAGACACAAGGCGUUUUUGGGAGUUUUUAGUUUUGUUACAUUAUAUCAUAUAUCAUUUGCUGCUGCUGCUCUUGGGGAAGAUGAACUUUGAAGCCAGAUCAGAUCAGACCAUCCAAAAGAAGUGAAGCCAAAUGCUGGAGUUAUGGAUGGAUGGGUUGUUUGUGAAAUUGACUUGCUAAAGCCGGUG